AUGACUGGUUAUCGUAUCAGUCCAAUUUAUUAUUUGUACAAGCACUAUCAUCCGACCGCCCAUCUAAUAACCCGCCCGCCCAUCACCAGCCCGCCCGCCCGCCAUUCUAUCGCCCGCCCGCCCAUAAACCACCAGCCCACCCGCCUAUCAACCACCCACCCGUCCAUCACUUGCCCAUCAUCCGCCCGACCGACCAUCUAUCGCCCGCCCGCCCAUCAACCGCCCGCCCGCCAAUCAAAUGCCCGCCCGUCCAUCACCCGCCCGCCCGUCCAAUACCCGCCCGCCUAUCAACCGCCCACCCGUUCAUCACCUGACCGCCCGCCCCGCCCAUCACCCGCCCGACCGCCCAUCUAUCGCCCGCCGCCCAUCAACCGCCCACCCGCCCCGCCUAUCAACUGCCCGCUCGUCAAUCACCCGCCCGCCCGUCCAUCACCCGCCCGCAUAUCAACCGCCCGCCCGUUCAUCACCCGCCACCCGACGCAAGCGUUUUCAUAUAUACUGGCGUAA